AUGCUGCCGCGAAAUCCAACCGAGAGAUCUGUACUGGUGCCGGCGACCAGUAGCAGUCUAAAUGUCACGUCACGCGGUCCAGAUUGCAACAGCAGAAAGAGGAAGAGCGACGUGAUUGAUGCGGGUGAUCUCGAGGAGGAGACAUUCACCGCCAGAUCUCUACCACUCGAGGAGGAAGGCCUCGCGUUCUGUCCGAUAGCACUUAUUGCCAGAGCAUGUCUUCCUUUGGCUUGGCUCGACACCUCGCAGGCAUUACCAAGCCCUGUCGUCGAAGCAACUAUCUCUUCGGUGCAAGAAUGGGAGCAGCGCGUACUUGUGGCUCGCAGACUGCCGAAUGGCGGGCUCUAUGCAGUAGAAAGGGUGGGCAAUAACACUUAUGUGGCGUGUGCCCUGCACAACUGGGUAUCGCAAGACUGGUGUAAGGAUGCUGCAAUCGGAAAAGUGGCGAGAGCAAGAGUCGAGGAUCUCCUGAAGCGAGAAGAUGGAGCAGGUCAAAGGCAUUCGAGAGCUCCUUCUUCCUCAAGCUUCGUGCCAGCCCUCCCUACGCCCAAAAGCCCAAGAAGGCCAACCAAUCGACGAGGAGCUCUUGCAAGAAUGUCAAUAUUGAAUCCCAGGGAUUUAAUGGGAGAGGAUACGACAUCCCAAACCUCCAGUUCUCCCAGGACGCUCGAACCUGUUAUUGUCCCAUCUCCGACAACGGCACUGUUUCCAAUCACUCCUGCUGCACAGAUCAGAGAAGAAGACCCUUUCCACAGUGAGCAUCUACCAACCGAGGUGGCAACUGAACCCGCCCACGAGCUCGCUCAAGAACCCGAGCGAGUACUGGACGUUGCUGCGGCGGUUGAGGAGCCAUGUGCUCCCGAACGCCUUCGGAAUCAGUAUUUCGAGCAUCUCUACGCUUCCAAGACUUCUCUGGCAUUUUACGUCAAAGGCCCUCUGAGCCGGGCGCGAGCGCAUGUGCGUUCAGCUGCCCACCCAUCGACAGCAAUUGCGGAUUUGGCCGGUUUCUACGAUCAAAGCAUUCUCGCCACGAAGAAGAUUGACUUGAAAUACAAGGAAUCUUUGUCCAGCAUCGUCAAGGGCUUGGCAAGCACAAGCGAGCAAGACGGGCAGGAUGUCCCGAAGAAAAGGAAGAAGAAGAAGAAGCAACAACAGCAGAAAUUAGGCAAAGACUGCCUCUGGCCCGAAGAAGAAGAUUUCAUCAAGAAGUGGUGGCGCGGCCGAGACUUCAAGCCAGCCAUGAACGGCCCCUCACUACUAGAUGAGUUGCGUAGAGAGCUGGCAGACCUGCGUAUGAGAGAGACUAAGAUGCAGAUGCUACUGGUACUCGAGCUCAUGCUAUUGAACCUCGCCAUUGUCAAGUUGUCCGAAACCCAAGACACCGCUACCGGCCCGGAGGUGAAGGUCGAGUCUAUCGAAGAGGACCCCUCGGCUAUACUGGCCAAAACACCUCAGAAGCAGAAGCCCAAGAAGAAACGCGAUCUAGUCGGCGAACUAGACACAAUAGUGGAUCGUCUGUGUAUAUGGCAUACGGUGAGUCAAGACGAAUUGAGCACCACCACCAACUCGGCGAACAGCAGCACCGCGGCGAAAGCGAGUGACUCGUUGCGUGAUUUCUGCAAGGACGUUCUACUCCCCUUCUACUCCGCAAAGCUCCCUGAGCAGGUGAAGUCACUAUCUCGGAAACUCGGCGGACCAGAAAUAUCGCCCAAACGGCCGAAGCCCGUGGCCCGACACCAGGGACAAAAGCAGGCUCUAGCACCUCCGACAGCACUGACGAGGUCCUCCUCAUUUUCCUCCCUCGCAAGAGCCAACUCCAAGCCCGGCCAACCACAAAUGCUAGAUAAACGGACUCUCGAACGUGUUUUGAGCGAAGACCAAGCCCACCGACACGCGUCGCCACCGACAUCACUUUCCCGCUCAGCGACCGCCCCUUUGAGCGCCAUGAAUGCAGUGAUCCCAGCCUUGAAGCGUGAGCCAUCGGAGCGACCAUUGUCCCGGGGCGGGAUGAGCAUGCUAGCCAAAUCCUCGAGCUUCAGCAAUCGAGAAAUCGACCUCGUCGCGGACUGCCGGGCUCAUGAAGCGAAGCGCCGCAAACUCGACCGUCUGGCGCAACAGAAGCGCGAGCUUGAAGCCGCCAUCGAAGCGCUUAGGAGGCCUAGUCGUGGGACGGUUGCCAGCGCGUUUAUGGACGAGGUGGAGAAACGCGGCGAGAAGACGAAGACGGUGCAGAUCACUGCGACUCCGCGGGCUCGCAGGAUCGGCGACCGCAGUUUACAUAUAGGCCACAGUCAGGACCUUGAACACGGUCAUGCCGAGCCAGAAUUACCGCCGAUCAUACCUUCUCUCUCGCUCCCGGGGCACAAGCAGGACAAAGACAUGAUGAUAGUUCCAUCGUCAACGGCAAAACCGCGGCAAGGGGUGUCGCGGCCCGGGAUCUCAGGCUCCGGCAGCAUGGGACUUCCCUCCAACAGAUCGUCCGCCACGAAACGAGCAGUGCUGUCUGCAAUCCACGAGACCCCGUCCCGCGGAGUCCAUAACAAGACUUCAAACCCACUGGACUUGCCGCGGCUGGUGUCUUCGGCCAACGGUGAUGGCGGUCGCGACGGCGGCGGCGACUACUACUCGGCUGUUUCUGCCCCAAGUCUAUCAUCGGCUAGUGUCACCCGCUCUGGCCGGCCCGUUCUGUUCACGACGGUCCGGAAAUCCGAAGUGAGCGUGGAACAAGCCUUCCGCGAUGCGCCCGAGAUCCCAGAGCGAGCUGGGAAAACGAUGGAUCGCGUGAUGGGCGGGAAAACGCGGGCCCUCCCUGCCGGGUUUGGGGCAUGGGACGACGCCGACCAAGAUAAAUUAACGUUGGACAGCAAUCCCCGUGGGACUCAGAAUGGGAGCCAGACGAGGACAGACGAUGCAACGGUCUCAACGCAUCCCAUAACAGUCACAGUCCAGACUGGUGCCGGCGACGAGGCCGGUGACAUCUAUGCCAAACUCGGAUGGAACGACGAUGAUUUUGACAUCUAA